CAGUCCAGCAUUGCUGUGCAAGCAGAUGUUCUUCCUCUGAUGCCAAUUCUUACCGUUUUCGCAUUUUUUGGAGAGGGUAUUCUUUUUCGCGCGAGGUGCUGCAAAGUGACAGCAAGCAACAGAAAACUGGCUCCCUCCUCGGCUCAGUGACAGAGACGGGGAGAGUUGUGAACGGAUAGCUGCUUUGGAGACGUACAUCACAGUGCAAGAAGAAAAAAAAAACCCGCGGCGGAGAGAGCAAGGCAGCAGUUCAUUUACCACACCUGUGAUGCGUUGUUCUGAGCAACGAAGACGCACGACCGGGAUACAGAUGGCCACGGUACGGCAGGAGGAUAUGUGUUAAGGAAAAGAAAGGGACUUGGGCGUUGUGAACAAGUGCUACAGAGGACACUCUCCGGACCUUAAAAAAAAGCCCUUUGUGCCGGUGUUUCUUCUUUCUGCCUUUUGAAACUUAGGUGAUAAAAACCCACGAAGAUGCCCUUACUUCUGGGCCCCUUUGUCCGCGCCACGCUCCUUGCGCUCUGGCUCGUCUUUGCUGGCUUCACCUGCACUGGUUCCGAGCACGCCACAGCAACGCUUCCUGCCUCCUUCUCGGACCUGUUACCUCACUUCUUGGUGGAGCCGGAGGAUGAGUUCAUUGUGAAGAACAAGCCGGUGACGCUGACCUGCCGCUCCACCCCUGCCACGCAGAUAUACUUCAAGUGCAACGGCGAGUGGGUUCACCAGGACGACCACUUGAUCGAGCGGACUGUUGACCCAGCCACAGCGCUGCCAAUCAUGCAGGUGACAAUUGACAUUACCAGACAGCAGGUGGAGAAGAUCUUCGGUCUGGAUGAGUACUGGUGUCAGUGUGUCGCCUGGAGCACCACCGGGACUCAGAAGAGCCAAAAAGCGUACAUCAGGAUCGCUUACCUGAGAAAGAACUUUGAGGAGGAGCCGCAGGGUAAAGAGGUGGCAUUGGACCAGGAGGUGUUACUGCGCUGCCAUCCCCCCGAGGGAGUGCCACAAGCCGAGGUGGAGUGGCAGAGAAACGAGGAUGUGAUCAACCCAGCGAGCGACCCCAAUUAUUUCAUCACAACCGACCAUAAUCUCGUCAUCAAAAAGGCCCGGCUGGCGGACACGGGCAACUACACCUGUGUGGCCAAAAACAUCGUCGCUCGCCGCAAAAGCACCUCUGCCACGGUCCUAGUCUAUGUCAACGGCGGCUGGUCCACGUGGACCACCUGGUCGUCCUGCAGUGCUGUGUGUGGGCGUGGCUGGCAGAAGAGGAGUCGGAGCUGCACCAACCCCACGCCACUGAAUGGAGGCACAUCCUGUGAGGGGCAGAACGUCCAGAAAAGUGCCUGCGUGGCCACCUGUCCAGUGGACGGAGGCUGGAGCGAGUGGAGCAAGUGGUCGGCGUGUGGUUCAGACUGCUCGAUGUGGAGAAGCAGGGAGUGCACCCAGCCCUCACCUGGCACUGGGGGCAAAGACUGCCAGGGGCUCGACCUCCAGUCUCUCAACUGCACCAGCGAGCAGUGCCCACAGACUGUGAGUGGUGCAGAGGACGUGGCGCUCUACGUGGGCAUGGUAGCGGUGGCCCUGUGUCUGACUCUGCUGCUCAUCGUGGUGGUCCUGGUCUACCGGCGCAAGAAGGAGGGCCUGGACGCCGACGUGGCGGACUCCUCCAUCCUCACCACUGGCUUCCAGCCCAUGGGCAUCAAGCCCAGCAAGCCAGGUGUGUGGGCACCGCGGCCACGCAGGCCUCCCCCCCACAGCAAGAAUUCCCAUUUGCUCACCAUCCAGCCCGAUUUAACCACUACCACCACCAGUUACCAAGGCACCCUGCGCUCUCGCCACGACGCCACUGGGAAGUUUUCAAUGACAAACGGGCCUCUGCUGGACCCACUUCCCAACGGCUCGCACACUCUGCACAACGGGAAGCUUAACUCAGACCCUGCUGAGUUUGUGAGCAGGCUGUCCACUCAGAGCUACUUUAAAACGCUGCCCCGCGAUGUAGCGAACACCUCCUACGGGACCUUCAACUUCCUGGGAGGGAGGCUAACGAUUCCCAACACAGGAAUCAGUCUGCUCAUUCCUCCCGAGGCCAUCCCCAGAGGAAAGAUCUAUGAGAUUUAUCUCACUGUUCAGAGGAAGGAAGAUUUAAGGUUACCCCUGGCCGGCUGCCAGACUCUGCUCAGCCCCGUUGUGAGUUGUGGCCCUCCAGGGGUGGUCCUGAGCCGGCCAGUUAUCCUCAGCAUGGACCACUGCUCUGACGCAUGCCUCGAUAACUGGGCCGUCCGCCUCAAGAAGCAGAACUAUGAGGGCACUUGGGAGGACGUUCUGCUGAUGGGGGAGGAGCUGGUGUCGGAGCCCUAUUAUUGCCAGCUCGAGGCAGAAACUUGCCGGCUUUUCACGGAGCAACUGGGCACCCUCGCCCUGGUGGGAGAGUCCCUGCACAUGGGCGCUGCCAAGCGCCUGAGGCUGGUGCUCUUCUCCGAUGCAUACUGCUCCACGCUGGAGUACAACAUCAGGGUCUACUGCAUGGACGACACACAAGACGUCUUUAAGGAGGUGAUGCAGAUGGAGCGGCAGCUCGGGGGUCGGCUGAUUGACGAGCCCCACGUCCUGCUUUUCAAAGACAGCUACCACAACCUGCGCCUGUCCAUCCAUGACAUGCCCCAGGCGCACUGGAGGAGCAAGCUGCUAGCCGGCUACCAGGAGAUCCCGUUCUAUCACAUCUGGAACGGUUCCCAGCGGUACCUGCACUGCACGUUCACUCUGGAGCGGCUCAGCCUAAGCACCUGUGAGCUCACCUGCCAGCUGUGCGUGUGGCAGGUGGAGGGGGAGGGACAGAGCUUUAGCCUCGACUUUAACAUUGCCAAGGACACCCGAGCUGUGGACUCUGAGUUCCUGUUAAUGGACAGUAAUGCCACAGCUCUGGCAGGGCCCAGCGCCUUCCAGAUCCCGUACCUCAUCAGGCAGAAGAUCUGCAGCAGCCUGGACGCCCCCUGUCCCAACGGAGCCGACUGGAGAAUGCUAGCACAAAGACUUAAACUUGAGAGACACAUGAGUUUCUUUGCAUCCAAAGCGAGCCCAACCUCUGUGAUCCUGGACCUGUGGGAGGCACAACAUUUCCACAGCGGCAACAUCAACCAGCUGGCCACGGUCAUGGCUGACAUUGGCAAACAAGAAGCCAUGAUAUUCCUGGUCUCUGAUGGCGAGUGCUAACCCAGAAAAGGGGGAGAGACUGGUGCAGAGGAAAAAAAAAACAACAAAAAAAAGUACAGAACACAACAACAAAACACACAAAAACAACAAUUACAGCAGCAGGAAUCGAAGAGCAGAGCUGUCCCCAUGUCCCUCUUCUUCACUUUAGAAGGCAGUAAAGGGUUUAUGUAGGAUCGAGUCCCUAUAUCCCAUGGAACACAGUGAAAAUCUUUAAAAGACAGACCAAAUGAGAGUUUGGGUGUGUGGGGAAAUGUAUUCAUGAAGUCAAUAAAAAAACUACCCUUUAUUUUCCAUCAAGUUUAAUUAGUCCACACCCUGCUUUAAAGACAGCGUUAAAUUAACUUAAUGCCUUUUAUAGAAAUAGGCCAUUUAUGGCUAAUAAGGAGCAAUAUGCAAACGUAAUGCUACUACCGAUGGCCAAUACUGCAGAUUAAAAAACUUUGAUUCCGAAAUAUUAAAUAUUGAAUAAAAGGGAUGUGACAAAAGGUGCCAGGCAUUUCAGGUUAAAAAGAACAGGCGACAUAUGCAAUUGGCAGGUUUGUUAUAUGACAUCAUCUCAGAUACUUUCAUCAAGGUCAUCAGGGUCUGUGAACGUCCCCUCCCGAGCCCAGCGACACUCUGUAGGUGCGCGCCUCAUAUGUGUCGUUAUCUGUUUCUAAAAACACACACAGACAGCUUGUAGCACAUCCUGGACUCGCAGGUUUAAAAUAGAUUGUAUGUCAGAGGCCCAAAAACCCAUCUCAUCUUGUUUGUGUUUUAGUUCAGCCGGUAUCACUACUGUGAAUGUAACAUCUUGACAUCUUGAUUCAGCGAGACGCUUCGCAGCUUCCCUGCUUCUGAAUCAAUAUAUGUGGGGUUUGGGUGCUUUGAACUUUUUUUUUUUUUUGAGGGAGGAGUGAGUAAUAUCUUCACUAAAGUCAUAUUUCAGAAGCCAUUUCUAUUCAAAGCUCGUGAUUUUGAUCCGUGCAGUUUAUUUCACGUUUCGCAUUACCCCCCCAAUCGUUCAUCGUGGCGUUUUUCUGUUUCAAAUUCCACCGCUAAUGAAGGAGCCAUAGGGCCGAAAGGCGUUCCAGCUGCAUAUAUGUGAACACUGAAUGUCGUCAAAACUCAUUUCUGAAAUGACAUUUUCCCCCUGAUUACAUUAAUUCUGUAGCAGAACAUAAAAAUAUAGCCAAAAGGGUUAUUAUCCCGCAUGAAUAAUGCAGAACGGUCUCCCCGCAGAAAGAAAAAUCUGACAACAAAUUCUUCAAAAUCUUCACCAGAAUACUCACGACAAAAGGGUCAUUGUGCAGCUUUGUUUUUAUAAUUCAUAAAGCAAUGUUGGUGGGAAUUCUAUAUGUGCUGUGUGGCAAACAGUAUUUCCACAUCAAAGAAACGCCUGUCUCUCAGAGAAAGUUAAGAGCUGCUUAUUCAUAAUGUCACGCCUCUGCUCACAAAAGAUGCUUUGAAAGGAUUUUUUUUUCCUUUUAGUUAUUUUCAGCCAGGAUGGACAAAAAUGAUCCAUCAGAUUCAUGCAACAAACUGCAGAUUUGCUUUGUUAUAUUAUGCCACUUUGCAUUAAUUUACACAGUUCUUCUUAUUUUUUUUUAUUAAUGGAUGUGUCAGGUCUGGCAACACAGAAACACAGAGUAUCUUUAAAGUCCACUGUUUCAGUAAUUAUGCUUUGAAAAAGGUGUGAGCAAUCCCAGAUUAGCCAUAGUUCUCUCUCCGUCUGCCUCAGGGUUGCAUGUGAAGUUGUCUGUUAAAGUUCUAAAGAGAGCCCUUUUCAUUAAGUCCCUUCUUAUUCAAACAGCUAGCACAGCCCAUCCUACCAGCUCCUGUGGCUUCAACCUUUAACACUAACUGGAGCCUCUUUUAUGAUUGUCAGAUAUUUGGAAUGUACAUUUAUGUUUCCUUGUAGUGGGGAAAAAGUACGUCUCCUUUUUUAAGAAGUUAAUUUGUUUUUUUGUGCGGCAUCUCGGCACCUGUUAGCUCUUUUUCAUCCUGAUACUAAACACGCCUCCUCUUGACCAACAAGUUUUUACAAGCCCCUGUACGAUUUGAUGCAGAGAUGCCAUAAAAUAAAAAUUUACCUUUUUUAUUACCUUUUAAAAAAAACAACCUGGGAUCAAGCCCCCUUUCAGACAAAAUGGCGAUUAUCACCUUAAUCAAGUCUUUUCAUGUUGAAAUGGAUCAUCGUCACAUGUAAUAUGUAAAUACUUUUUCUAUACCAGCCGUGUGCUGUCACUUUGCAUACUGUAUAUCAGCAGAAUUGGUAACCAAAGUUUUAUGAGUAUCAGUUGAGGCCACUACAUCCUCAUAUUGUAUCCACUGAAUAUUGUUUCAGCAUUGUUUUUACUUGCAGCUAGUAUAGAAUAAGUCAGAGUUGCUGUCUCUUCUAAACUGCGGGGCUUAAAAAGUCCGAAUCGUUUCUUUCUCUCAUUUCUUCGCUUUUGUCUUUGAGGCAAGUUGAAGCUGUUUGUUCGAGCAGUAAUAUGUGUCAGUUCAUCACUUUGUAAAGAAAUGUAAAUUAUAUUUUAAUAUAAAGCCAAAAAAAAAAGACACUUAACUGGCGCAGCAUUUGUCAAGUCUAAACCGUGACGUGUUUGCCUAUAUACUGUUCUUUGGCGAUCUAGCAGUGAAGACUUUUUGCAGUGUUAAGGGUUUAGAGACUGUUUUACAGGAAGUUUCUAUACAUAUUUUGUUCGUCCUUACUCUGCGUAUGUCUACCUGAUUAUUUCUCUAACUGUAAGCAUUUAAAUACAAGGUGGAAAUAGUCACUAAUGCUUAGUGAAUCACUACACUGGGACUGUGCGGAGGCUAAUUGGAGAAGGAGGACAUCAGUUCUUGGACACUGACAAGCCAGUGUUGACACAGCACGUUUAGAUGAGCCAUGGCAGUUGUACAGUCAGACUGUGUGUGUGUGAAAUUUUAUCACCCCCGUCAUUGUCUUGGAUGUGUUGUCUAAGCACAUUUCAGUAAUGUAAUUCACCAGCCGCCAGGAUGCUCAGCAUCUAUCUUCACAUCUAACUUGUCCAACAAAUCUGCAAUUACUGCGUGUGUGAUGAAUACAGUUCCCUUCAUGACGAAGUCCGGGCCUGAUAGUUGUGUACGACUCGUGUCGGUAACACACAUGCGCUUCGUUCAAGGGUUUAUAUGUUUAUCCCUGAGUUAUGGGGGAAAAUUGUUACAUCUCACAACUGUACUUUUUAUGUCACUCAUUACUAUUCAGUGUCAAGGACGUGUGAGUGUGUGUGUGUGUGUGUGUGUGUGUGUGUGUGCGUGUGUGAGUUAGACUGGGUGUGUGCGUAACUCCCUGUCACUCUGACUGAAUGGUUUUCUUUUGAACCAAGAACAAUAGACUUCUGUACUUGUGAAUGGUUUUUCUAUUUAGUUCCUUGAUUCAAUGUUCCUUGCCUUUCUGCAAGUCAAAAAUGCUGUAUUUAUUACAUGCCACAGCGCUUAUGCAAUUGUAUAAUCCUUUUAUUGUUUGUUUGUUUUUUUCUUCUGUUUGUUUUUUUAACCUUUUGUGUUCCUUAUCGUCAAUGUAAAUUGUUGUCAAAACUUUUGUGGCAAUGGAAAAACUUCUGCUAAAGGAGAUUUUCUGUACUUUUUGGACAAUGAUAUGGAUUUGUGGGUAGAAUUUUGGAAAUUCGUUUCUAAGUGCUUUCAAGUAUUUACUUGGCCUUAUGUAUAUAUAUCUAUCUAUGACAUUUCAGAAAGGUAUGUAUAGUAAUUCAACCUGAAAUUGUUGUAAAUAAAUUAUAUAUUGUUAAAUCAAGGACUGGAUCUUUCACUUGAAACAUUAAGUGGUGUUGUUAAGGGUUUGAUUUUAAG